CAUGCCGUAUUUAUUAACAGGUUAGAAAAAUUGUUACUAAUUCUAAAUUAAAUUCAUUGGCAUAUAAAAAUGGCAAAUCGUGCUUGUAACCUGGAAUGCGUCUCAGAUCAUCCUGGAGACGACGUAGUUGAAUUUGUUGGUCCAGUUAAAAUAAUUUUAGUCAAUCAACCUAAACAUUUGUACAAGCGCAAACGGUUUGAGGCUGGAUUUAUUGUACUGUCUCAUAUGUUGAUGGGGGCUUCUAUCAUGAUGGUGCUAUACUAUACACUAAGCUAUGAAAAGAGAUUGUGUUUAGCUGGUUUACACGUAUUCUUGUGCACAGCUGGGCUCCAGAUCUGCAUGCCAUUAGGGAUCUUAUCACUACACACACUAAGCGGAUCGAGUGCACCGGUAAAACCGACGCAUCGACAAUGUGAACAUGCCUUCAUACAUUUUUUGGGAAUUUUUCUAACCAUACUUGGCGCAAUUGCCUCAUUUUUUUGUGGUUAUUUUCAAUUUUCGAUACACUGUAUACUGGGUUGUACUGCCUGUGCACUGGCCUUAUUUAAUGCAAUCAAUGGUUUCCUCAUAUACGAUUAUUCCGGCAAUAAUGACAAAGGAUUGAUUAGGAAAAUUAUUAGCAAAUUUCAUUCAUUAUUUGGUAUCGUGACUUUAAUAUUGUCGAGUGCUUGUUUUAUAUCUGGAUUGAUAAAACCAACGUUUACGAAGUGGACACCUUUGCCAGAAAUGUCAAUAUUCUCAGUUUUAUUUUGUAUCUAUUAUACGGGUGUUAUAUUGUUUAAGCCGAUUAAAGAACUAUUUACUUUCUAA